CCCUCACCGACUUGCACAACUACGAGUACCAGUCCAGUCUCGACCGAUAUUACACUUGCCAAUUGACCAAUUCUACCGAGAAACAAUUUCGAGUCUUUGUACGCUGCGAAAAACUCUAUUCUGACAACCAUGGAGUCUGACAAUCUGCGCACCGCGUCCCUCUACAUCAACAACCAACUCCUCUCCCGGGGUCUUCUCCGCAAUGGCCAGACAAUCGAUUUCGCACGCCCAGAGAAGGGAGAUGGUGGAGUACCGGGCACGAUGGGAAGGGUUAUGAGUGUGAUCAAUGACUUGAUCUUGCGACGAGAUGUGCGUAUAUCCUUCGCAAUGGGGAGCUUGACCUUGAAAGUACUUCACUAACUGUUCUCCCCCAGCGCGAUGCAACCCAGCGUGAAAAUCUAUCCCAAUCCAUACGCACCUUGCGAGCGGAUUCCCUGCGACAAACGACCGAGUUCGAACGCGUCUCCACGAAGCAUAUGGAAGCUCAGCGCAAACUCGGUUUGGCCGAGGCAAACGACCGCGCGCUGAAGCAGCAGAUUCGGAGCGCGGAAACGGCAGCCAAGGGAUUGAAGGAGGAGAUGGCGAAGAUGAAGCUCCUGGUCGGACAGACGAGAAGUUCUUGUGCGAAUGAAAUCCGGAAACGAGAACGUGUCAUUGAGGGUAUGAAGAAACAUGUUGGGGAAGGUGGGAGAGCUAGAGGGAGUGGGAGGGCAGUUGGAGUUAUGACUGUGAAUGUCGUGGCCGGUGUUGGUGGUGAGAAGAACUCCGCUGAUAGUAUGGGCGUGGAUGAUACGAAUUACGACCUAAGGAUGGAGACGAAUGAGUUCCUCACGGAAUUGGCCAGGGGGUUGAGCGAGGAUAAUGAGGGCAUGAAUGCUUUACUUCGGCGAACUGUUGAUACUCUGAAGACAUUGAGUGGAUAUGAUAAGCCCGAAAGUGAUAACGGACUGGUUAUGGAAACGGAAAGUGGAUUUGAGACGCUGGCUGCUGAAAUGGAUCUCAUCAUCGAUCAUCUACGACACAUCUUGACAAAUCCUUCAUUCGUACCACUGGAAGAAGUAGAGGUCCGGGAAGAAGAAAUUCUGCGAUUGCGAGCAGGCUGGGAGAAGAUGGAAUCACGUUGGAAGGAAGCAGUUCAGAUGAUGGACGGCUGGCGAAGACGAAUGACUAGAAGUGGGCAAACUGUUAAUCUCGAGGAAUUGAAAAUGGGACUUUCUUUGAGUCCAAGCAAGACCGAAGAGGAGGAAGAUACCGCACCAGCAUUCCAUCAAUUGUCAACACUAAUUGAAGAGGGCGAGGGAGAUACCCAGGCGGAUAUUGAUGCGAUGGAUGACUCUGGUAUUCCUGGGCAGGAGGACAAUGAAGAGGCAGAUCUCGAUGAUGAGGAUUCGGAAAUGUAUGAGUCCAGCUUGUUUGAAGAGGAACCCGUGGAUGAAAUGUCUGAGCAGCAAGAGCAAGAUGCGCCCGAGGAACCUUCAACUUAUCAGCAUCAAGAUGUUACUUUCGCAUCAGAAUCCUCAAUGUCCCCCGGUCCACCUCUACAGCUAUCACCACUUCGAGAAACCAAUACCAACGGAAAUCGUGGUUCACUUGCCUCUCCUCAAAGAGAGGGAUUUUCUACAAUUGAGGAAGAAAAUACCUAUGAUCUUCUGCAACUCAACUCCCCAUCGCCACGAAGAAAGUCAAAGUCUAAUAGAGGCACGCCUCAACCUCGACACAAAAGGGAGGACUCGUCGACUUUACCAGACUCGACAGCCUUUUCCAAAUCAGAGCCCUUGGACGAAAUUUCGCUAAUCUCAACUGUCAACAUCUCUCAACGCUCGCCACGAAAAACGUCAAAUCCCACCCCUAAAUCAUCAAGUUCAGGGCCCCCGAAAAUGCAGCCACUGCAAAAACUACAACAAACACCUUCCUCUCGUUUACCCAAACCAAGAAACAACCCACCACAACAGAGUCCCUUGACCAUGGCGAGCAUCGCGGCGAAACUCGCAGCCACAGAGCGAGAAGCGGACGCAGCACGCGUUCGAGCCAAAAUCAAGGCUGCUAAGCUCAAGAGAGGUGCCGCACCAUCAACCACGACGAAUACCGACGCGACCAAACUCAUGCCUCCGCCCCAGAUAAUCAAAGAGGAAGACAAUGAACCUGUCAAAUCCGACGUCAGCGAUAGCCGGAAGCGCAAGGGAACGGGGAGGAGUCAAGGUGGAAGGGCGAAUCGUAGGAGGAGUACGUUGAGUCCUUGGGAAUUGGAUAGUCUGAUUACGGGGACGGUGGGGGUUAGUCCUAGCCCCAAGAAAUAGAGGCGAUUUAUAUGGCAUUACUUCUUAAUUUUGCUUUCUGGGGUGGUGUUUGUUUUGUUCGUUUGUUUGUAGAUGGGUGGAUUGCAUUGCAUUGCAUCUUUUCUGUGGCGUUUUUUUGUCUUCAUUAUUGUAUUGAUGGGGGAGGGGUUCUUUGGGUUGGUUACUUUAUAUUACUGUACUUGGAGUACUCUACUUUACUUUAGUUUAUGAGGGGAUGAAUUGAUGAUGGGUUUAUGAUGCAUGUAUACUUUACUUUUCUCUCC